UAUAGCUUAGCUUAGCUUAGCUUAGCCUAGCUUGCAAACUCCAGCGGAACUGCCUACUGUUAUUAAAACGUCAAAAUGUGACAUUCCAGCCGCGGUGCGAGACAGUGCGCUGUAUAUACAGUCAGCUCGCAUUGCUCUCUGCGGAAUAACUCGGUAACGGCUUUCUUUUUCCGUUGGCUUCGAACUCGGAACGCUUGGGCGGUUUAAAGGAAAACACAGCGCGCGCCUCAGUUUAAAAACAGCAGUUCGCGCGCCGCCCGUUACAAGCAAGCUAACGGAAAGCUAACCGAACUGCGCUGCAAGUUAUGAAGGUGUAAACCGCUCAAACAUUCUUAGCAGCCUGAUGGAUGAAUCCGGAGAACUUCAUCUUAAAUCAGAAGCCCUGGCAGAACAACGUGGGAUUGAAAAGUCAAAGGCCAAAUGGACUCAAGAAGAAGAUGACAAUCUCAUAUCAUUGGUCCAGAAAUUUGGCUCUAAUAAGUGGGAUUAUAUUGCUGGCUGCUUACCUGGCCGCAGUGAACAGGAGUGUAAGUACCGUUUCACAGCUGUUCUGGACCCAAACCUGAUAAAGGGAACUUGGACUAAGGAAGAAGAUAACAAGCUUAUUGAAUUAGUGACAAAGUUUGGAGACAAGAAGUGGGCCAAGAUUGCCAAGCACUUAAAAGGUCGCAGGGGGAAACAGUGCAGAGAACGGUGGCAUAAUCAUCUGGACCCUUCAGUGAAUAAAACAUCAUGGACUAUAGAAGAAGAUCUCAUCAUCUGCGGUGCCCACAAAAGGCUAGGAAAUCGAUGGGCCAAGAUUGCCAGGCUCCUCCCUGGAAGGACAGAUAACUCUAUCAAGAAUCGCUGGUAUUCGACCCUAAAGCGCAAACUGGACUCCGGUGCUUUGGUGAUGGAGGAUGCUGCUUUGGCUGCUGUGGAACAAUCUAUACAAGAGAAAGAAGACGAAGCUCCUCCUCCUGUAAAGCAGAACAAGGUGGAUGCCGAUUGUUGUGAUGGUGAUGCAUCAGAUGUCGCAACAGACAUUCCUGAGCAUACGAUGCAGACCACACUGGACUCUCCUAAAGAAAGUUUGCAAGAUUUCUGUUGCGAUGUUGUUUUGGAGUCUGAUCCAGUGAUGGACAUACCUGGGCAGUUAAAAAACCUAAGAGAUUCUGGAGUUCACAGAAGAAAAAGGAAACUGAAAAUUAGCAAGCAGAUGUCAGUGUUCAGAGGAGCUGUCUCUCCAGGUCUUGACUUUAAAAAUGACACCAACAGCAGUUCUCCCACUAGUUCAACUUCCAGUUUUAGCAGCACAGUGCAUUCUCGACAGAAAACCAUCACAGAUGCAGUGCUACAAAUGAUCUCUGAGGACAUGCUGCCUCUUAACUUCGUUGAAGGAUCUGGCUUCCGGAACUUCAUGGCUGCAAUUGGUCCUCAGUUCCCAAAACUUUCUCAGCGUAGUGUGGGGCUAAGGCUUUAUGAAGAGGUGGAGAAGAUGGUUAAGCCAAAUCUGAUUAAACAGCUGAGGGACUGUAUUGCUGUGAGCGGAGGACACGGCACUGUCCAUGUCACUGCAGAUAUUUGGGCCAGUGAAUAUGCUGAUCCUGUUCUUGCUGUUCAGCUGCAUUUCCUUGAUGAUGAUUGGAAUGUUCACAGGCCUACAGUUGCCUUUCGCCAAUUAAGUGGGAAGAAUUUAAAUGUCAUGGUUACAAGAGAGCUGGAGGCUGUUCUUCUAAGCUAUGGGCUAUUUCACCACAACAUUGGCUACAUCAUUGCACAUGAGGCCAAGAACACCAUCGCUACGCAUGACGUUUUCUGUGACUACAAGAUAAUGCAUUCUGUGCAGAAGAAUGACCCUGAUGAAGAUGAAUUAUUAGACUUUCUUGAUGACCAAGUCUCUGUAGAGGAUUUCUCUGAAAUCCUGUUAGGUACACAUGUGGAUUGCAUUACCAGCCUUCUGAACUUGGUGAUCAAGGAUGCGCUAAAGAUCUCCAGGUCUGCAGAGUAUGCACUCUCUCAGGCACAAGAUAUAGUGGCAUUUUUUCGCCGCAGUGCCUAUUGGAAUGAAGUUCUUGUGAGGGAAUGCAAACUCUCUCUUGCAAGUCCUCAUAGUUACAGUAGCUACAGUUGGAACUCCACUUUUGCUACCAUUCGCAAACUUGUGCAAGAGUUCGCUUGGGGAUCUGUGAUGGCCUUGCUCGCCCAAGCUCGCAAAGAGGCAACUGACUCUACUGUUUCUCCACCAAUAAUCCAUGUCAUGCGUGAACAAGUGGUAGACAUCAUUGGCUUAUUGGAGCCUUUUGAGGAGGCUAUCCAGGUACUUCAGUCAGAUGGUGUCACAUUCUCCCUGGUUAUUCCAUCCCUUAUUGGUCUUGAUAAAACCCUUGAGGCCAAACCUACAAGUUAUAACCACUUCUGCAAAGCCCUUCGCUCAGGCCUUCAUGACUACUUCCAACCUCUGAUUAUGCAGAGAGAUUUCAUCCUAGCCACAGUCCUGGACCCACGUAUUAAGCUGCAGCCCUUUGAUGAUGGCACACAGCAUGCUAAAGGUACCACACUCGCACCACCUACAAAGUACUGGGCUUGUUCAGUUCUAGAAACUGCGAUGAGUGAAACUAACAUGUGGAUACCAGUUGAGGAGGGCAGCGCGAAACUAGAUCACGAUGAUGAGGCUGCUGCAGAAGCUGCCAGCUUGGGCAACAUCAAGUCAAAGAAGAUCUUCAGUUUCAUGCAGCCUGCUGCAAAAGCAGUAAAGGUCUCAGAGCUGGAUGUGUAUAUCUCUGAACCUUUGUUGGAUGGAGAUGCUUCCAUCGAAGCAUUUUGGAGAGAAGCCUCACGCUUCCCACAGCUACAGAGUAUUUGCCACAGACUUUUGGCUGUCCCAGCCUGUUCGGGAGGAUUUAAACGUCUCUUUCCCCUGGCAGCAUGUAUAGUUCGGGCACGAAGGAGCAGGCUGCCACAGCACACUACAGAACGACUGUUACUUUACAAAGAGUGCCUGAAGUUGAGGAGUGGAAGAAAUGGCACUGGACAGUAACUUGACAUACGUGACUCUUGUUUCUGAAUUCUUCAGCCACAUUCUUGUACAUACUCCACAUCUUUUAAACUUUAGAGAUGUUAGCUGCGAGGUUUUGUGAAUCGCAGCUAAGUACAGACAGUUAUGAGAUUUGUCUGAUGUUAACAUUUAUGUUUGACAAACGUGCUGUCUUUGUAUUACAGCACAAUGCUUUUUAUUCAUGAUGUAAUACUUUAUUGGCAUUGAAAAUGUUAUGUAGUAGUUUGUUACAUUAGUCAUAUAAUAACAGGUCUAUGCCAGUGCAAGCUAUAUUACUGCCAUAUGUACAGCUGUUUCCCAUCCUUUUCUAAAGGAUAUACCACAGAGUACAAGUAAUUUAAAUUCAUUCUUUGAUUGGCCUUUUUGUAAUUUGAUUCUUUUUCCCAAGAACUUCCAAGAGGUUUCAUUAGUGUUGACUUGUUCUUGGAAAUGCCUAAUCAGACCUACCUCUUCUUUAAGUGUACUUAACAUGCCACAGUUUGCCUUUAGGUGGAUGCAUUUUAUGUGAGAAUCAAUUUUCAUGUGUCAUUAAACUGAAUUGAUAUUUGUUACAUAAAAAAAUAAACAACUGUGCUUUAGGGCCUUCUUGUUA